AUGCGCACACACACGCCCACCAUUCUGCGAGCGUGUACCACAUGCCACCCGAGAUGCUGUUGCACGGCAGCGCGUCUAUGCAGCACCUGCAGCUGUCGCACGCGCACGCCCAUGCGCAUGCGCACACCGGCACCCUGCCCGUCUAAUGUGCUAACGCCACCAUUCCCGGCUCCCGAAGGGCUACUUGAACGCUAUCAAAUUGGAGUUCAGGGUGUGCGGUUAUGUGUGUGUGUGCGUCUACGACGUCGUGUCGCGUCAGUGUGCUGUAACUCGCGGUAUCUAGCGGGCGUACGCGGCGACACCUCAGAACAUUUGGCGGAGGGUAGUUUUAGAAAACGGAAUUCAGAUAUUAUCCCGGACAGUGCAAAUCUAUUGACAAUUCUCGCACACGUGUAA